AUGUCACCGACCUCGUUGGCGAACCAUCGUCCGUCGGGGACGCUCAAGAGUCGCACCUUUCUCCACAACGCACCGUGGCAUCGUCGGUUGGUUCGAAGGUUGACCAGUUCGCCGUCGCGUCAACGCAAGCUGGCGAUCCUGUUGCUUCUUCUUGGAGCUUGGUUCCUUUUGACGCAUCUGACGCAUUAUUUCCUUCAUCGGGCCGCUGAGCCGGGGUCGGACGGGCCUUCUUCAACGACCUCAGCUUCGAAAGCAGCGAUAGCAAAGGGUCGAGAUCGCCUCGUCCAAUUCGUGCCGAGUCAACAAGAACGCAAUAAAAUCACACUACACUAUCACGACGGAGGUGAACCUCAAACACUCGUAUUCCCACCGCCUGUGAUCCCAAGAUUGAAAUCGCCCCGACCUUGGAACGAAUGGACCGAACUCGCUUGGAGCGAACGAGGACCCAUCAGGAGGAUCGAGAUGCCGUUCGGAACCCGAAUGACCUUUGUCAACUCGAGGGGUUUGACUAAGACGAUUGAAAGCAAUUUUGGGGAUGGGUGUGAGGAGGGAUCGUGUGAGGGCUUGAGGCGGUUCACAGUCACGCAGGAUGAGCUACUGGCUUUGCGCCAACUCGGCAAACUCGGCAAGUUCCGCUCGGUUUUUUUUGCGAAUACUUCACCGUCUAAUCUUCGAUUUUGCCCUUCUUGA